UUUGCCAUCUGCUGCCCAGCAACCGGCGGGUAGUUCCUACUCAGAGCCUUGUGUGCUGCAUCAAGAGGUUAGUUCAGGCUUCUGGCAGACCGCCCUCUACCUGUCCACGGAGGUCCACCAACACCAGCACACCUCUACCUUCUUCCAACAUCAGCCCCCUGGUAUACUACCCACACCUGUUCCCCCAAUGCUGGCGACACCAGGCAGAAAUGUAUGGAGAAGUACCAAAGCUGCCCCAUCCCCAUGUGAUGCUGAGGUUGGCCCCUAUGGCAGCCACCGUUGUCCCCCUCCUAGGACCCUUCGGCUCCCUCCAUGGGGCCUUCCAGCCAAAGACAUGCCCUCCCCAGACAUCAAACAUUCUAGACACGGCACCUAGACCUAGGACUGGGUCACACAAGCUGCUCCAGAAGGAUCCAAGAAGAAGAGGAAGGUGGAAUACAAUGCAUGUCCGCAUUGCAUGGCAGAUCCACCACCAUAAGCUGAGAGUGAAGCAGAAGAUGCAAGUGGAUGCAAAUUCAAUCAACUUCGGUGUCAACCCGGAAUUUCUGACUCAGCCUCCUGGUUCUGACCAGAUUCAAGCCAUCCCCCAUCAGCGGUACAUUAUUCAGUCCUCCACCCCACUCUCUAACCCAGAGUCACACAGUAGACAUCCUUUAUUUGGAGGUUUGGGAUCACUGAGGGUCACAACCUUUGGUGGACUGCCAAACCUAGCACUCACAGACUAUCCCAUGAUCUAUCGCAAAGACAAUCUAAAUGCACCAAGUGGAGAAGAAGGAGGAACUCCUGAGUGGUGGAGCAGGCAGCAGAAGACACCCCCAUCCUCUGUAUGUCAACCUGAACACUCUACAGAGCCUGAACAACCAGGAAGAGAUUCAAUCAGGGAACCUCAGGACAGAGAAUGGGGACAGCAGCUACACCUACCCAGAGAGAAGAUGGAGGAGAAACAGUACAUAGUGGAGAAACACCAAGUCCACAAUGCUGCAGGGACUCAUGACAGUUCACCUGCUGAAGACAAGUCUGUUCCUCAGACAAUAACCUUGGAACAUGGUCAGCGGUCCAAUGGCAGCUGUAGCUGGGAGUCAGGUGACAGGAAAAGAGGGCUUGAGUGUAAGAACUUCAUAAAGGUCAAGAAGAUUAAGCGGCAAAGAGAAGAUGACCAGGAGGAUUUCAAUGAAGGUCCUCAACCCACAGAGAAACCAUCCCUGGUCCCACUCAUGCCAACACUCACGCCAACACUCACGCCAUCCUCCAUGUCAAUGCAGCACAUGACCAUAGGGAACAUUAUUCCAAGGCUCUACCCAGUAAAUAGUGUAUGUAAUCUGGCCCGGACUCAGGUUGGCACUCCUAAUAUGGGGCUCAUCCCCUACCAUGCACUUCCCUGGGACACCCCAAGAGACCCACUGUGGGAUGUAUACAGGGGUAUGGACCUCCCUGCUUCCUCCUGUCAAGAGCUGGUCAUGAGGGCUGAUCCUCUGCAUGGUGUGGUGGGGGCCAGGCUGUUGGAGGCAGCAAACUGUUCAUAUAGAGACCCUCAUCACAGCUUUUCACACCCACCCCAUCACUCCCUACUGGUCCUGAAGCAGCAGGAGAGGGCUUACCUCAUGGAAAGAGAGCGUCUGCACUUGCGCAGAGAGGAAUACGAGCACAGCCUCUAUUCUGCCACCAUGGACGACCAUCUCCCCCAUCCCAGCCUCCUGACCUCCACCUAUUCUAGGUCACAUAUCUCCAGGGUGGGUCUCACCCAGAGUAGCCUCCCGAACAGAACUCUUACCCCUGGGUUCUUAAGCACACUGCCGCCUUUGGUCCCCUUCUCUCUCCCCUUGUCUGGAGCUCCCCACAGAACUACCUCGUAAUGACAGAAAUCAACAGACCCUACUCUGUGUGCUUGCUUGCCUUAGAACUAUAACUCAGUACUGCUUCAAGACAAAUUAUGCCUGUAUGACACAGAUAAAAGACAAACUACUAUGUUGAUUUACAUCCCUUAAAAACACCUGUAAAUUGAUGAACAAUGACAUUGCUCAACAACAAAGUGCGAUCCAACAAAUUAGUUCAUAAAGUGGACAGACAAAAAAUACAAAUAACUGACAAAACUUAACAAAUGUAAAAAACAAAAACAAGAACUAGGUCAAAUAAAAAGCUACAUCAUUAAUUAAAUCAGAAUAAAGGAAAAUCUAAGAUCUAUGACUUAACGGAAAAGAGUUUCAAAAACAUCAGAAAUAUGACCUGACACCACAAAAGUUAUUUCAAAACUGCUGUCAAUGGGGUCACAUUCUGAGGCUGAACUAAAAGCGCAGACUGUAUUAAAGCGCAUACUGUAAAACACUAACAAACAAAAACACAUUUCAUGAAAAUAAUACAAUCUUGUCACAUCUCAACCGGAGAUACUAACGUUUAGUAAACUUUAAUAAACAGCCCAUCCCAGGUUAAAGCCCAGCCAUCAUACAUUCAGCACAGCUGUAACAGAGAGAUUCAGUACUGCCACAUUAGUGGUCUCCAACACUGGUACGGAGAAGAUGCUGGAUCUGAAUUUAUUUUUUAUUUUUUAAAGCUAAGCGCUCAUUGUAUUUCGUGACCAUUCCACCCUACCCUACAGAGGAGAAUUAUGCAAGUGUCAAGUAGAGCACAGUUGAUCAAAAUUCCAAAAACAUUUUUGCAAAUUAAAAAGUCUAGCUUUGACACGGAUAUUGAUUCUGUAGUUCUAUUGAGCACGGAGUGACUGUUUGGCGCCUCCUGCAGCCAUUCUGAGUACCUAGUGUACUCUCUUGUAGUGCUGGUUCAUGGUGUGUGCCAUGUGGUAGUAGUAGUCACAGCCCUCUACAGAGCAGUGGUAGGCCGCCCCCUCAUUAUGGUUCUCCAUGUGCUUCCACAGGUCGUGCUGGUUCUUAAAGCUGGGAGACAUACAUCAUAAACAACAGAGUGUAAGCAAAAUAAUAUGUGCACAAUAUGUACAGUCCAUAAGGGUCAGCAAGUUGUGGGGACUCUGAUGAGUCUGUGGGACAACAACCUGCUCUCACAGAAGUCACAGGGAAAGGGUCGCUCGUCACAGUGGCGGAACUUGAUGUGGAUCUUCAGAGUGGCGAGAGAGGUGCAGGUCAUGUCACACGGGACACUUGAUAUGGUUCACUGAAAGGCAGGAUAGAUCACUCAUAAGGUUUACAGUGAAAGAAACUGGACACAUACAACAGUCAUCAUCAGCUAAUCAAAAUAUCUUAUUGAUAGCAAUACAACAAAAAUAAAUCUGCUUGACUAAUAGAGGUACAUGUCGAAGCCAAACAUGGAAAAUGAGCUAAAUAUGAGCUAAAUCAAGACAAAAUGAGAUGAUUGUGGACUAGCUGCACCAUCGAGAGCAUCCUGACUGGUUGCAUCACUGCCUGGUAUUGCAACUGCUCGGCCUCUGACCGCAAGGCACUACAGAGGAUAGUGCGAACGGCCCAGUA